UGGCCUGGAACAUCAGAGAGAGAGGAGAGGGGGGGCAGUUAUUUAGCAGCCCGUCUCACCCAAAGUCAGUACAAAACAACAUAUCUGUAUGACCUUAUAUAAUAUCUGUAUGGCCUUUUAUAAUAUCUGUAUGGUAGUCUGUCCUUCCCAGGGUUCUCUGUGUUAUCAGUGUCGUGUCUUUGGCUCUGCCGGAUUAAGUGAUAUGACAUGCUAUUCUAAUCAUGUAAAUGUAAUUAACUAGAGAGUCGGGGUACCAGGAAAUAAUAUUUAUAGAGCUGUUAUCUUCCGAAUAAACUCUUAAAGACCUAGUAAUAUUUUACAUCAAUAGCAGUCAAUAUUAAUCGUCAUCUUAAUUCAGUCUCAUCUGAAAGUUGUAAAUUCUUGGUUAUCUGCACGAACUCUGGCUAACAAGUUGAAUCAGCAAUGCAAAAAUUGGGUUUAAUUAUUUAUUUACUAAAUACCUAACUAAUCACACAGAAUUACACACACAUAAUUAAAUCAUAACUUGAUUACAAAUUACGUCAUAAAGGAAAACGUCCCUAGCGGGCGGAACAGAUAUGACAGCUUGUUACACAAAAGAAAAGGUCUGGGUUUGAGUGAAAGAGCGGGAAGACUGAGGAACAAAGGGCGAAAGCUGUGCUAUCGUAAAGGUAGGAUGGUGGUAGAUGGAAGGCCGUGUUGCCCAACCAAGUCCUUUGUCCUUUGAAGAAUGUCUCUGCUGGUAAAUUGAAUACGUUUUAGUAACGUCGUUGUGUGGUAGACGGGAUACUCUGUCUGUUCCUUUCUAAACCUCGUUUGCAGCGGCUGUUGCUGACUCAACGACUAGGAGGUAUCACUUCUGUAGUGAAUAAGAGUUAAAAGUUCAUACCAUUCGCAACCAAAGGUCACGCUGAUGUUGGCUUUGUUCUGUAGUUAUUAUCUGCACCAUUCUGACAUUGGACCGUCGUCCUCACAUCCUCGGAACAGGAGGUUACAUUGUCGUCAAGGCUUUAUAUAGGAAGGGAGAGGAGGGUGUGCUUGAAAUUUUUUAUAGCCCAUGUCCCUUCACAGGGUUGGGCCACUGAUUGAGCAGAGCCCCUUCUUAUGAAAACCCAAAUCUCACAUUUUAGAAGCAAAAAUCACAUUUCAUCCCAUCAUGAAUAAUUUCAUAUUCAAACAUUUGAAUUGAACAACAAUUCCAUGUGAAUCCGAUGACUCUGAUGUGUAGACUUUCCACUGUAGAGUUUAUGUCAUCUUAUCAUUGAUGAGAAUGUCUCAGAUGACAACCGAACUGACAUCAUAUUCAUUAAGUACCACCGCAUAUGUUCAAGUGCUCGGAUUACCAGAAUAUAGUUAAUUUUCCCCCACCUUCUGAUGUUCCCAGAAUCUCUAUGUUAACCAAGGGUUUUGCAAAUGUAACAUCAGUAGGGUAGAGAGAGGAAAAAGGGGGAAAGAGGUAUUUAUGACUGUCAUAAACCUACCCGCAGGCCAACGUUAUGACAUAAGUGUCCUUGGAUUUACCUAGUUUUACAUUGAGAACACAUUUUAAAUUCCCAUGUAUUGGUCCACCAAGACCAGUGUGUACAUACUCAAAAGAAGGGGGGGGGGGGUCGCUGAGCCCAGUAGACUAGAUUAGUUCAUGGGCUCAAGGAGAGAUUGGAGCAGUCAGGGAGAAUGACAUCACUCAACAAGGCCACGAUGACCCCGAAAUGAGCCCCAGACACGCAACCUGCCAGACCAGCCAACCUGACCAAGUCUUUACUGAGCUGAAGGAGCUGAGAGAGAUGGUGGUGGAACAGAGAGUGGAGCUGAGGAACAUGGUGGUGGAUUUGAGAGUGGAGCUGAGGAACAUGGGGGCCAGAGUGACAGCUAGUGACAGCCAGGUGAAGGAGCUGAAAGGAGAGGUGGUGAACCAGAGAGUGGAGCUGAGUCACUAAGACUGAACUGGACAAGAACAAGGUGGAGCCAGUGCAGGCCAAGCAGCAGAACUGUCAGCCAUGCAGGCCAGGGACAGAGUGAGAGUGAGAACUCAGCCCAGGAGGCCAGACUGAGUGCCAGUGAGAGAGGUGGAGGAGCUGAAGAAGGAGAAUGCAGACAGGCAAAAAAGUGUCAUUCUAUGCUGCUUUGACUGACUCUGGGAGGAUAGGACCCUUUAAUGCUGACAUCCCACUGGUCUACAGUAAAGUCUUCCCCAACAAAUCGGAAAGGCCUACAACUCACUUACAGAUGAAUGCUCUGGUAGCUCUCUGUCAUUUCUGUGAGCUCCAUGGCCCCCGGACCCUGUUCUGCACCGAGGCUCUGCACCCCCCGUCCCCCACACCCUCCCAGGCUGGCGCCCCCAUACCCGGGGACAGAGAGUCGGACAGAGAGGGAGAGGGACUCACCAUGAGGGCAAACAGCUCAGCUACACAGAGAGGAGACAUGUGUGAGGGCUACCGGUCUCUCCCAGCGUCUCACCCUGGCUUCGUCAGUGUGGACAGUGAGACAGGCAUCCGGUUCUUUAGCCACCAACACCCCAGACAACCCCAGCUCUUCAGUGUGGUCCGCCAGGCCUGCGUACGGAGCCUCAGCUGUGAGGUGUGUCCAGGUCGUGAGGGUCCUAUCUUCUUUGGGGAUGAGCAGCAUGGUUUUGUGUUCUCUCACACGUUCUUCAUCAAGGACAGCCUGGCCCGGGGCUUUCAGCGGUGGUACAGUAUCGUCAUGGUAGCCAUGGACAGGAUCUACCUCAUCAACUCCUGGCCCUUCCUGCUGCGCCACCUCAGACUCACGGUACAGAGUCUACAGAGCACAGCACUGAAGGUGUUUGACAGUGAGCAGUGUGUGUGUUCUCAGAGGGCGGUGAGGAUGAACAGCGUGUUCUCUCCUGCUGUCUUCCCCCACCAGAGGAGUGGUAACGCUGCCCGCUCCCUGCCCUCCCUCACCCAGCACACCAACCUCUGGGCCAGCCUACACUCCUCCUUCAGCUGGUUACUGAAGGCCUGUGGUAGUCGUCUGACAGAGAAGCUGCUGGAGGGAGCUCCCACAGAGGACACACUGCUUCUUAUAGAGAGACAGACCGAGCAAGAGGAGGAAAUGAGUUGCUGGGAAGGAGCAGAAGGGGGCGGGUUUAGACCCCUGUGCCACCAAUCGGAGAGCGAGCUGUACAGAGACUUCUUGUUUGACGAGGGGAAAGCAGAGGGGUAUCCUGGUCCAAAGUUCAGGUCCUUGAGACAUUUAAGACAGGUGCUCGGGACCACUGAUUUCCGCCAGCUAGCAUGGCACGUGCUCAUGGGAAAUCAGGUCAUAUUGAGAGGGGCUGACCCAGGGCUCAUCCAUUCAGCAUUCACCAUGCUGAAGGCCUUGCUCCCGGUGGGCUGUGUCCGCUCUGUGACGUACAGCGCCCAGUAUGAGGAAGCAUACCAAUGUAACUUCCUGGGCCUCAGCCCUGACGUGCCCAUCCCCACACACGUCAGCUCGUCAGAGUUCUCAGUGUUGGUGGAUGUGGUCAGUCUGGAGAGGGGCUCUCUGUACUCUGCUGCUUGUGGUGAAGAUAUCCUCUCACUCUAUCAGUUCAACAUCAGCAGUACCAACUCACAGCCUACAGAUAAAGGUCCCACGUUGUUGAAUAAGAUUGAGGUGGCGUUGUCCAAUGAGAACCUGUCAGUGGACGUGGUCUCUCACUGUCUGCUGUGUCUGAAGGAGGAGUGGAUGAAUAAAGUGAAGGUGCUGUUUAAGUUCUCCAAGGUAGAUGGGCGUGGGAGGGAGGACACCCAGAAUGUGUUGGCCCUGCUGGGUGCAACGGGGCCUGGGGAGAAGGACAACGUCAGGCUGCUCAAGUUCUGGAUGACGGGACUCAGCAAAACCUACAAGAGCCAUCUGAUGACCGCUGUCAGAGGAGGGGAGAGGCCCCUUAGCCAGUGAGAGAGCAGUGGAGGAGAAUAUGAGCGGUAGCGGGAGAGACCAUACAGCUGGAGUGAAAUAUACUGUAUCUCAGUAUAGGAGGCUGGUGGGAGGAGGUAUGGGAGGGUGGGCUCAUUGUAAUGGCUGGAAUGGAUUAAAUGGAACGGAGUCAAAUGUGAUUUCCAUAUGUUUGAUGUGUUUAACACUGUUCCAUUUAUACCUUUCCAGCCAUGACAAUGAGCCCGUCCUAUAGCUCCUCCCAGCACCCUCUGCGUGUAUCUAACUACUGUAUUUGGACAGACAGAGAGAAAGGGAAAGAAAACAAGUGUGAAUGAGUGAGUAAUGACAGAUAGACUGACUGAAGGAUAUGUUUGUGUCCAGGUGCUGACUUGAUUAAAACCCAUCCUUCACCAUAAAGAAUAAAAAUCCACUCCAUGGGUCGGUUUUAAAUUAAUAAUUAAUUCAGAUACAUUACGUAAAACGUAAUAAGUAAUUUGUAUAUUUUUUUUUAGUAAUCAAAUGGGAAUUAUUAUAGGAACACUGUCCACAAUUUUCUGUCUAAAUUAUUAUAAAACUUUCAAUAGUUUUGUUAACACAUUGUACAGAGAUAUUCAAAUAAAAUAACUGCUUGAGCUGAAACUGAAA